CCUCAUUUAUCGUCGGAAGCGGCGAGCGGGCGGGCGGGCGGACGUCACGCGUAUAUACGCGAGUGUAUACCGUAUACGCGCGGCCCCUUAAAAUAUCUCCCACCGCGAUUCCCCACAAUCCCCGAGAAACCAUCCCUCGCCGUCGCCGCCGUUGUCGCCGCUGCCGCCCGCCGUCGCCGUCGCUAUCGUCACUCGCGCGUAACUUCUCGCGGAGCGCGCAGCGCGUGAAGUUUACUCCUUAUUUAUCGUGCGUAGUGCAUUGUUAGUGGCGGACAGGAUCAAGUCGGCUCCUACUCGCUCGUGUCCUGUGAGACCGUGCGGGAGUGAGCCGCGACGAGGUGAGGUGAGGUCCAUCGCACAUCCUUGAGGUGACUUCCCUGCGGGACGGUCGUCGCUGCAGAGACAUGCCGACGCUGAUGCAACCGUCUGACAUCACACUGGUGAGCGACGAGACCGACGAGACAGACGUCGGAUUCGACUACGUUGCACCGAUGCAUCAUCAAGAUCCAUUGCAUCAUCAGGAUGCUACGCAGAAUCGGGAACGUAACAAGCUGUUACUGCGUAAGCUGAGCCAAACCCGUGAGCGGGAACAGGAGCGCGAGAGGCUGUACCAGUUGCAAUCCAUCAACAAUCUGUUGCUCGAUUUACCAUCGCCGCCGUCGCCAUCGCACCUCCCGAAUUUCUCGCAGGAUGCUUCUACCUCUUCGCAAUCGGACAAGAACAUCAGUACUGAUGGCGACAGUGCAAUCUCGGAUAUGUUCGGGCUAGGCUUGCCCCGAGGAUCUCUGAUGGGAAAUCAAUCCACGAUUGGCACCCCGAGUUAUCGUAAUUAUCAAUUAUAUGGCAAUUACGACCAAUCUCCUUCACAACAGCAUGAGUGUCAUCGGAAUCAUGGUUUCUGCUCGAGUACCUCAGGCCUGGACAUUCCGAGCUCACCGAAUUCGAUGACCACUCCUGGCAGCCCGAGCACACCUGGCAGCUUCACCUCGGAUCCAUACAGUUAUUCGUCCACUGCCAGUAACAGUACAAACACACCAUCCUCACCAACGAGCCGGCUGUCCUUUCAAUAUCCGGGCUCUUCGUCAUCGCCCUCCGAUUCGUCAUAUUUUGGCCGUCCUAUACGAGGCUGCUCUACACCAUACAGUGAUUGUGGUAGCCCAACAUUGGAAUUCUCUCAUCUUUUGGGCUGUAAUGGCUCGCGUUCCAACUCGCCGGCAGACUCGGAGACAAGCGGUAUUGGUAGCGCGGAUGGAUCACUAUCCGACAUAAUAAUGAAUUGUUUGUCGCUGAAUUCCUCAUCGAAUUCUUGCUUUCCUCCGUCCCUGGACUCCAUAAUAUCGAAGACGAAUGCGUGCCCAAGCAACAGAACGGCGUUCGAGCGUAUAGCUGUAAAAAAAUAUUUGUCAUCGUUACAACAGAACUCAACGAGUUCGCAUUAUUAUCAGCAUCAUCACGGACUUGGGCAAAAUCGCAGCAAUUUUCUUAAUUCUCUAUUGAGUCAUGAGAAAAAUUGCUGUACCGGUCUUGGAAACGCCGCACGCAGAUUGGCCCAACCAGUGUCCCUCGAUCGGGUAGCAAGAUCCCACCGAAGUGCCGCUGCACAUUGUUAUCCAACAUGCACAUGGAGCGGUUAUCUGCCUCAAAGUACUGAGGAACCAGUUGCUUACUCUACCAAAGUUUUUUUGGGAGGUGUACCGUGGGAUGUAACAGAAGCUAUCUUAAUUUCAACGUUUAAACAAUUCGGGCCGGUUCGCGUGGAGUGGCCUGCAAAAGCCCCAUCCGCUCAGCCAAAAGGAUAUGCUUAUAUUAUAUUUGAAUCAGAGAAACAGGUCAGGGCAAUGUUAUCUUGCUGCACCCACGAUAUUACUAAUGGAAAGAGAUGGUAUUAUAAAAUUAUAUCCAAGCGUUCAAAGCCGAAAGAUGUGCAAGUGAUUCCAUGGAUUCUCGAGAACAGUAACUAUAUCAAAUCUUCAUCGCAGAGACUCGAUGCACACAAAACCGUGUUUGUUGGCGCACUACACGGAAUGUUAACGGCCGCAGGAUUGGCGAAAGUCAUGGAUGAUCUUUUCCAUGGAGUUAUUUAUGCAGGUAUCGACACGGAUAAGCAUAAAUAUCCUAUAGGUUCCGGUCGUGUUACAUUCAGUACAAAACAAUCGUACUUCAAAGCUAUCACCGCUUCAUUCAUAGAAAUUAAGACUGACAAAUUUACAAAAAAGGUACAAGUGGACCCGUACAUCGAAGAAUCGAUAUGUUCCGUAUGCGUUGUACAACAAGGACAUUAUUUCUGUCGCGAUGUGGCAUGCUUCCGAUACUUCUGCCGCAACUGCUGGCAGUGGCAACACUCUGUGGACUCAAUGUCACAUCACACACCUCUGACGCGGAACUCGAAGACGAAUCAAGUGAUAGGCUUGAAUCCAAAUUUCGGAAUGAACAACUGUUCCCGUAUGUCAAAUACGACGAUGAUCUAAAAGAGGCGGGUCCACUUGUACUUGCGCGAAAAGAUCUUGUACACGCGCGGCUGGUAAAAUUGUUUUUUAUUCGCACAUCCGUCGUCUUUCUCUCCUGUUUUUGUUCCUUUUUGACUCUACCGGUUAAACCGACGUUGCGCCACCUGAUCUAGAACAUCAGGUAACAGGGUGCAGACUUAGUUUUUAUCGCGUAGCCGCGGACAGUUUAGGACUUAGUCCAAUAAUACGGGGACACGCUGAUUCAUACCGCCGAUUAAGCUUCCGAACGCGCAACGAUUGGUUCAUUAUCGUUACCGUGCGUGCGAAAGGACAAGAUGAUAAUAUUAAAAAAUCAUGUUUGUUCCAAAAAAAGUUCCUAUUGUGAACGCAGGUUUACUACGUUCGAGAAAAACGAUCCAUUUUUAUUUAGUACGUUUACUUAGAGAGACAGGUUCUCUUAUCAAUUUUUUUUUACUGCUAAAUAAUACUACUAUCGUGCCAAAACAAUAGAUUAAGGCCAUGAUCGUGCAUUAGGAAUACGCACAUGUACACGUACGUGUAUACAUUGUUUUUUCGUUAAGAAUCGUGAGAGUAUUGUGGCUUUCACAAUGACAAUAAUUUUUUACGCGAGACGAUAGGGCUCCGUUAUAGGCAAUUUUGAGCUGGGCUCAAUAAAACGCGUAGAAUUCUCAGGAAAUCUAUGUUAGCAUCAUCAUCAUCAUGCGCUUAUUGUGUUUAAAAGUAUUACGAUUAAUGUAUUAUUACGAUAAUGCUGAAAAAAAUUAUUAUGAAGUGGUGAUAUAAUUAUGCGAUGAUUAUUUGUCAUUAUUACAUUGCGCGCGUGAUCCGAUAUAACGGGAGACUUACCGAAUGUACUGUAUAACUCGUUGGUCGUCCAUCCAUUACGAUACUUUGUCAAUGACGUUAAACAUUGUUAAUUUUACGUUAGAUUACAAUGUAUCUCUACAUUCGUUUGUGGUAUAACGUAAAUGUGCGUUGCGUUAUUGACCGCGAUCGACUAAAAUUUUUGUAUUACUAACUAAAGCAAAUCGCUAUUAGAGGUAUCUCGCUCACAUGGACUAAACAGUCCGUGUGAGCGAAAUAUCUCUGACAGUUAUUCGCUUCAGCUUAACGGUUGACGAAAAGGAGAAUGUACAUGGUCUACGAUUCUGGCGCGGAUUGUGAGUCGUUUUUAUUUUUUUUUCCUUUUUUUUUCUUACUAUGUACAAUUGUGUUGCACCUUUCUUUGAAUAAGGUUCAUCAUCACACUCGCGUUUCUCCCGUUUUGAUACAAUUUUGUUGAAUUAAAAACCAAGAUUUUUGCAGAUA